GCAGUUCAAAAACAAGCAAAGAGAGACUUCCGGGAGGCACACUUUGCUCAGACGUUAACUUGAAUUUUUUUCAUUAUUUGAUUAUAGUUGUUUACGUACAGAUAUACGAUAUACCUACAGUGAUAGUUCCUGUCUUGCCACAAUACGUGUCAAUAGGCUUGGCUGAAUGGAAACUGAACAUGUAACGUAAGGAGCUCUUCACCUGCAGCCUUCAUAAAACAGAGGUAGCCGUAGAGCAGCAGAAGCAUGGACGCGGUCCUGAGCAGGUUGAAAGGUCUCACUGCUGACGAGUUGAGGGAGGAGAUCAUUAAAGCCAACUUGAAAUGUGGCCCCAUCACUGCCACGACAAGAGCCAUAUUUGAGCGUAAGCUUGCCAGGACUCUGGUGGAGAACGCUGGACUUCACGAGCCCGACAGCAGCGGUGGAAACAGUGCCACAUCAGCAACCCAAUAUUCAGUCCCAGGCGAGGAUGGGGAUUUUGGGUACGGCAUAGGCCUUAACCCGCCUGAAGAGGAGGCUCUGAGUGGAACAGUGUGCCCUUGUAAUGAGGAGAAGACACAGACUCCCUCGAAAACUGCACAGGUGUCGCCCACCUUUUUCUACGGAGUGUGUCCAUUGUGGGAGGAUGCGCUGGCUAGGAAUGAGAGAGCCCAUGUGUACACGGAUAAGAAAGAGGCUUUGCAGGCUGUUAAAAUGAUGAAGGGGGCUCGGUUUAAAGCUUUCUCCAAUCGUGAGGAUGCUGAGAAGUUUGCCAAAGGCAUAUGUGACUACUAUCCUUCGCCCAGUAAAAGCGCUCCCUGUGUUUCUCCUGUCAAAUCUGGCCUGGUGUUUUGCAAAGACCACUUAUCUAUGAUGGAGGCAGACACAAUCAACAGGGAGAAGGCGAACAGUUUUAAGAGCCCUCGGACACAAGAUUUGACAGCCAAGCUAAGGAAGGCUGUGGAGAAGGGAGAUGAGCUGGCCUUCACCGAGCUGGUGUGGAGCAACCCUCGUUACCUGAUCGGCUCAGGGGACAACCCUACUGUAGUCCAGGAGGGCUGCAGGUAUAAUGUGAUGCAUGUGGCAGCUAAAGAGAACCAGCCAGGCAUUGUUCAGAUCCUGCUGGACACUCUUGAGAACCCAGAUUUCAUGCGGCUCAUGUAUCCAGACGAUCAGGAGAGCAUGCUGCAGGAACGCAUCCGAUAUAUCGUAGACUUGUACCUAAACACGCCAGAUAAAGCUGGAUUUGAGACGCCGCUCCACUUUGCAUGCAAGUUUGGCUGUCCAGCAGUUGUGAACGUACUCUGUUCUCAUCCAGAUAUCGACAAGAACUGCAAGAACAAGUACAACCAGAAGCCCUCUGAGGUUGUUUGUGAAAGAAUGAAAGAAAAGGGUAAAAUUCAGGAGGUCAAACAGAAGAUAAAUGAAUAUUUGGAAGAUCGAUUAUACAUCCCCUUAUUGAGAGCUACUGAUAAUUCCUCCCAAGCUGUGAUUGGUCAACCUUGGUCCCCUGAGCCAAUGGAAAAUCUGUCACUGCGAUUACCCAGAAGCCCGAAGAAUCCAGUUAUGGCAGUCAGGGCCUUCGCUGGACCUUUAAGUCCAUCUAAAGCAGAUGAGUUCAGAAGAACGUGGAAGACUCCUCCAAGAGAACAGGCAGACCAUUUCCACAACAUCCUAAAGUCGGACCCAGACCGUGGAGCAGAAAGAGUUGGCAGAGAUCUGGCCCAUGAGCUCGGUCACCCCUGGGCAGAGUACUGGGAUUUCCUGGACAGUUUUGUAGACCUGCAGUCAAGCGAAGGCCUGAAAGUGCUUGAAGCAUACCUCUGUAAAAAGGAGUUCAGAGAGCGAGCUCACGAGGACGCUGGAGAGAACAAAACCAGCAACAGGUUUAAAACCCCAUCUCCCGGCAAACUGAAGAAGUUCUGUAACUCCGUCUCUGUGGGGGCAUUUUUGGACGAGGGUGACGAUAUCAGCCUGGAGGAGAUGAAGAACAGGCAGAACGCUGCCCUCACCAGUAUUUCUUGUGUGUGCUCCAAAGAUGGCAUGCAGGGGGCAGUAGGGGGGCUUGAGUUUCACAUCCUACCAGUGUCCCACAGUGCUGACCUCAUCGAGGUGGCAGCAGAGCAGGAUCUACUGCUCUCCAACAGUAAAAACGGCCUGUGCUGUAAGCAGAGCCUUGGGGAAAGGACUCCAAACGGGGACAAAACGUCCCCUCGCAUCUGCAGUUCAUCAGAUUCCUGCAUUUUGUCGCCAAUCUCAAACCUAAUGGUUGAGUUUGAGAGGAUGUCUCUGCUGGAUGAGCCAGAUAGAACUAACAGGGAGAGAAGAAGUGGAGGGAAACCUUACACAGAGCUCUCCUCUGGACUGGGCCGCCUCUCUUUGUCCUCGGAAGACGACUCCUCUGUUUUUGAUAAAGAAGGAACGUCUGCAUUACGAGCAGCAGAGAAUGAUGGAUUGGAGAGAAGAAACAAAGUAGAUGCGAGGUCCGGUGCAAGUUCAGAUGAAUACUUUCUGGCCAACGAGAGGUUAGAACCUAUAAACCAACGGACUAUAGAGACUCCAGGGGGCGAGCGCAUGAUCUCUGCUAGAUCAAAGUCUUGGGACCAUGGGGGAAGAGACCUCAGCUCCUCUGGGUCUUCCAGCUCCUACAGAUCACUUGACAGUUCUCAGGACUUCAUUCUGCGUACUCCUCCUAGAGUAACAAAUAGACUCUUCAUCGAAGGGGAUUCACCCACCAAGUUGGACCGAGAGGUUCUGUCAGCUUUAGGAGACGCAGACAUUGACCCUCUGAAGUAUCCCGGCAUUCACAAAUGGAAGAGCACAGUUCAGGCAUACUCUCACUUAGAAAUGCAAAGCUGGCAGACUCCUGCGGUGAACAAGAGCCAUUUGAGGGCUCAUCCAGUCACCCCUGGCUCUCCAGCGGGUCGCUUCAGUCCAGUCCGUCACAUGAGCUCACCGGACGUCUGCAGCCCUGCACACUCCAACUACAGUCCUGUGAGCUACAUCCAGCGCAUACGACUCAAACAUUUCGGGGACGCCCCCAUUUAACAGAUGCUCUCAAUCCAAUCCGGACCAAUUUCUACCAAUUAGCAACUGAAAUGGUAAUGGAUUAUGGGAUGAAAGUCACAGUGGAAGCCAUGAAAAGCUCAAAUUGGACUCCUAGUGCCAUGAAAACCGCAGAUAGGAUCUCGCAAACAGGCCGUCUUCAGUUUCUAUGCUCUUAGGUUCAUGGAACACAGCUCAAAUAAUAAUAUGCACCUCUCCCAGGGGGUUCCCGAAUCAUAAUAGAAAUGUAAAUAUUCAGUACUUCUGUGUAUGACACCCAGUGGUUGAUCUGUGAUGGUCAUAUAGACUUUUUUGUUUUCUAUUUUCUUUCUUAUCUGUCUGUGUGUGUGUGUGCUUGGGAGAUGUAUCUGUGGAAUCACAAAACUGUGUCUUGAACGGAAAUGAACAAUUUCCUACUUAACACAGUCAUUUAAAUUAGGGGGAAAAAAAGCUCAGAGCUAAAUUAAAAUAACAUGUUAAUAAAUUAUUGAAUUAUUUUUGCUACUUAACUGUCAGUAGCACAAGUUACUUAUUUGAAGGGUUUUUAAGGUUAAAAAAGAAAAACGUCAACUGACUGCCAGGAGUUAUUUUUAUUCCUUGAUUGGAGAACUGCCUUAAAUUUCUAUAAGAAAAGACCAACUUCUGAAUCUCAAAAGCAGGUGUUGAUUCUUGCUUUGGUGAUAACAACUUUGUGUUGGAGGGGCAAGAGGUCUGUAACAUGUGAGUAUCCCCUUUUUAAGUUUUAUAAAUGUGAGUUAUCUUUUCUAUGUAUGCAUUUGUUUGCACUUUUAAUUCUUUUUGGAGUUUGACACCAUUUUCCUUCAUCGCAUCAUAAAUGGCCAAGAUUUUAGUCCCAGUGAUUUGUAAAUGGAUCCGUUUGCCAGAUUCAGCCCAUUGAUUUUGGAAGCUACAUGACUAGAAGCAGAAGCUCCUAAAAGCUCCAGGUAGCUCAGCUUUGCUAUGAAUAUCUCAAGGAAUGGAGUCCAGAACAUCCUCUGUGGUUCUUUCAGAUCAUGUGAUCUAUUUCUUUGGUGCCCAUCGGUCUCAGUGUAGUGCUGGCCUGUUGAUCUUUGCUUCGUAAAGCUUUAGUGCCUUUGAUUAUGAUCUGUUUGGAACAUAAGGAACACUGAUGCACUGACCACAUACCAGCUGAAUAGACCUUUUUUCUGUUUCCUAGAAUAAAAUACAGUACAGUAGCAUUGGCAUAUGCAGUGUCUGAAUACCUCUUAAAAACAAUUGUAAGAGAGGGAAAAAAGGUUUAUAGUUUAGUUAUCAAUGCCAGCCUUACUUUUUGUUAAAUGAUGCUUUGUAGUGCCAACACUGGUGAAUUGAAUAUGAGUUGCAGUUUAUUGUUGAGAAUUGAAUUAUUUUUGUUGUCCUGGCCUUUACGUUGCAUGCAUUUCUAGUCCUAUUUUAUUACAGUAUUGUAUGUUAAAGAAGAGUAUUUGAUGUUCUAUUGACGAACGAUAAAUAAAGUGUGCAGUCUUAUAA